AUGAGGGGCCCUGUCAUCACUCUCUUUCUGUUCUCUGUGCUGUUUGCCAUCUCAGAAGUGAGGAGCAAGGACUCGGUGAGGCUGUGUGGGCUGGAAUACAGAAGGAUGUUCAUUUACAUCUGUGCCAGCUCCAGGUGGAGAAGGCUCGCGGAGGGGAGCCCUCCGGUUCAGCCAGCCCAGCUCCCAGAUGCACCUGAAGUUUCCAAGGAAAACACCGCACGAACCCUUCUGAUGGCGCCUGCCUCAGGGGAGGACCAUUCGCAGGGUGGACAGAUGGCCACGGCAGGGCUCUGGGAGGCGAGGAAGCGGUCAGCGAUGUCCAGGCAGGACCUGCAGACCCUGUGCUGUGCCCGCGGCUGCUCCCUGGCAGAGUUGAGCGCUCUGUGUUAG